AGAGAUAUGUUCCUUCAUUUCAAGUAAACAUAAUGAUGGGUGUACGCAGACUUCCAAGGUUAUCUAAUUACUGGAGUACAGAUGUACGGUUUUCAGACCCAUACAUUAGUUCAAUAUUAACAAAAGGGAGAUUUUUGCAGUUGAACAAAUAUAUUCACCUGAGAGAUACCAGUAACAUGCCUGAUAGGAACGACCCAGGAUAUGACCCUUUAUUCAAAGUAAGAACCAUGAUUGACAUGAUAGUCCCAAAGUUAAAAGAAAACUACAUUCCAGGACAGAAACUCUCUAUAGAUGAAGAGAUGAUAGGUUUCAAGGGGCAAGUUCACUUCAAACAGUAUAUGUCAGCAAAAUCUAGAAAAUGUGGUAUCAAAGUAUGGCAGAUUUGUGAUGUAGAUACUGCAUACUGUUGUAACUUUCAGAUCUAUUCUGGAAAAAAACAUGGAGCUGAUGGGAAACACGGGCUAGGGUAUGAUGUUGUUUGGAGCUUAUCUGAGCCUUACCACAACCAAAACAGACAUUUGUACUUUGAUAGAUUCUUUUCAUCAGUGACAUUAGCUGAACAUCUGGAGCGUGUAAAUACCUAUGUUUGUGGAACUAUAAUGUCAAAUAGAGAAGGUAUUCCAGAUGAUGUAAAAAAGGCGAAACUGAAAACACGGGGUGAACUUGUACAGAUGCAGAAAGGAAAUCUCCUUGCUACAGCAUUCAAGGAUAAAAAAACACAGAUAACAUUUCUCUCCACAUCAGAACAGCCACACAUGAAUGUGAAUAAACCUCACGUAAAUGUGUCGUACGACAUGUACAUGGGCAGUGUGGACAGAUUCCAUCAAAUGGAAUCUUACUAUCCAGUCGGAAGACCAGGAAACAAGUGGUGGCGAUAUGUCAUGUGGUACAUUGUGAACUUAGCUGUUGUAAAUGCUUGGAUUCUAUAUAAAAAAACGGAGAAAAAAGUUCCCACACCGAAGAAAUAUUAUGAUCACCUACAAUUCCGUGUUGAUGUUGCUGAUCAGUUGCGGGCAGGAUUUACGUCCAGGAAACAUCGAGCUGGAAUUAGGAGGUCCACAAAGGAGGAAAAUCAUCCUGUUCUUGGUGAUCAUGAUAUCAGUCAUCACAAGCUAGUGAGGAUUGAGGGUCGAAAGAGGGUGUGUCGGGAAUGUGUGAAACAAGGACGUAAAACUCCGAAGGGACGUGCAGUGGAGACAUCUUUCAUGUGCCAGUUCUGUACUGUGCCCUUGUGCAGAGUUGGAUGUUUUACUGAUUAUCACGACAGAAACUAAUUAAUUCUCAAACUGAACUUGUGUGAAAAGUGACUAAAUUAAUGCUUUAAAAACUUACUAUUUUUGGAAUUGGCAUUUGAAAAUAUUUACCUGUAUAUCUCACCUGGCCUGUUGUUGUUGACUUAUAU